AAUGUCUUUAAGAAACCUGCAGCUGUGAAACCUGUUACUGCUUCCACUUCUUCAAAUGAUCAAUCUGAGAAGAAGAGAUGGACACUUGAUGACUUUGAUAUAGGGAAACCACUGGGAAAAGGAAAAUUUGGUAACGUUUACUUAGCCCGUGAGAGAAAAAGCAAAUUUGUUGUAGCUUUAAAAGUUUUAUUCAAAUCCCAACUGCAGAGCCAUGGUGUAGAACACCAACUCAGGAGGGAGAUAGAAAUUCAGUCGCAUUUAAGGCACCCAAACAUUCUUCGAUUAUAUGGAUAUUUCUACGAUGAAAGCAGAGUUUAUCUAGUUCUAGAAUAUGCUCCUGGUGGAGAACUGUAUAAAGUUCUGCAACAGUGCAAGCGGUUUGAUGAGAAAACAGCAGCAACGUACAUGGCCAAAAUAAGUCAAGCUUUGAAAUAUUGCCAUUCCAAAAAGAUUAUUCAUCGUGAUAUUAAACCUGAGAACUUAUUACUGGGUGCUAAUGGAGAGCUUAAAAUAGCAGAUUUUGGAUGGUCAGUUCAUGCUCCAUCAUCUAGACGUACAACUAUGUGCGGCACUUUGGAUUAUCUUGCUCCUGAAAUGUUAGACAAUAAAACUUAUGAUGAGAAAGUGGAUUUAUGGUGCCUUGGCGUUCUUUGUUAUGAAUUUCUUGUAGGCAAGCCUCCUUUUGAAGCUGACAGUGUAACUUCAACAUAUUCACUCAUCCGAAGGGUAGUACUGAAGUUUCCUCACUUUGUCUCUAUUGGAGCUCAAGAUUUUAUUUGCAGGUUGCUUAGAAAAAAUCCUGCUGAAAGAAUGAGCACUGAUGAUGUCUUACAACAUCCAUGGCUGUUGGAAAACACCAGACCUGAGAUUUCUGAAGAAAAGAAAUAACUGAACUGGGUUACAGCUGUAUAAACACUGCCAUGUUAAACUACAGAGAGGUCUUAUCUACAACUAGAUCAUUCAGUUUCUGGAUAUUUAUUACAUAUGGGAAUGAAAUGGUGCUAUAUUAAGCUUCUUACGAUUUGGGGGAAACACAUCCCUGCAUAUUUUAGAAUUAAAAAAUUGCAUUUUUUCAAUCAAUAUAUAAAUUUGAAAAUGUUAUGUACUCACUGCAUGUAAAAUUAAUUUGUAUAUUUGUAGUGUGUCUGUGUAUUGUUUGUACAAAUAUAGAAAUCCUAAAUAAAUGAUUACUCUUCACAUUUCUUAAAAACAUCAAA